CUCGUCUGACUCCUAAAGCUUCGCAACAUGAACUUCAUCAUUGCCCUGUCCUGCCUCUGCCUGGUGCUGGCCGCUGUUUCUGCCCAGGCACCAAAACCCUGUGCUGCUCCACCGCUGUUGAGUGGAGGCUUCUCUAUGAUGGAUAACAGCGGACUCUUCAUGUCUACAGGAACAAUAAACUAUGACGCUUUUGGUCAGAGGAUGCGUGUUAGAAAUUUUGCGAAUGUGGGCAAUCAGACCUUUUAUGUGGACCAGCUGAUGCUUUUCAAUCAGAAAGUCUACUAUGAGAUUGACUGGAGAAAAUUAUCGUGCAAGAAGAAAGCACUGGAUACCACCUUUAUUCCCAUGCACGUUCCCUAUGAUGCUAAACUGAUGGGCCAGGUUUUCAUGGGCUCCUCUUCCUCCUGGGGAAUGGGUGCACUGGUCAACAACUGGUAUGGAGAACUGCCAAACAACGGCUACUAUUCGACUGUCUUCACUGAGAUUGGCUGCAUCCCUCUGACCAUGUCUGUCUACACUCCAGCAUCCGGAUGGGCCAUGAUCAGCACCUUCAACUGGGUAAUUGGCAACACAGACCCCAUGGACUACAACCCUCCUUUCUUAUGUGCCAAGUCCAAACUGGAGGAGACGGAGACGCCAGAAACCUUCUUCACUGCCUUGCGGUCUAUGACCAUGAAGAAUAAGAAAGAGGAGUAAUCGUCUGGAGCAUAUCAGCAAGAUAAUCAACACUGUUCCUGUCAAGUUAAAUUUGGAACCCAAAUGAUUCAGUAAUCAUCAAAGUAUGUAAUGCUAUUAACAUGAUUUUUAAGGAUGCUUUAACCUGCUAAGUCACCGGACAACACAGACAAGUACAGGGAUGUAUGUGAAAAUCACUUAAUACACUCUUGACACUGGUCCCUGUUUGCAUUGUCACAGUGGGUUGAAACCCAAAUGACUCCUUCCUUGAUAUUGCAGGUUAAAGGAAAUCGUAAGAU